CCAGACUCAGAGUCGAGAAGAUAGGCAUUUAAUCGAGCAAGGAUAAAAUAACAGCGAUAAAUCCAUAGAUUUAAUUAUCAAACGACCUCUAGUUUAAUUAACUUAGUUGCUGUUGGAUUUAUUUUGUCGUGCCUGAACAAGCCACUUAGAGCACAAAAAAAGUUAAAGACUAACGGAUUAACAAUGAUACGUCUUCCAUGCAGAAGAGGGAUAAUAUCUGGGGUUCUAACGUGGAGAUGUUUCCAGAAGAAAAUCAUGACACCUACGUACACAACACAAACUCUGCUAUUGUGUCGUCCUCAGUCCUCCUCUGUGUUUGUGCCAAACAUAGCAGCCUCCUCCAACAGGCUGCUGAGGAUCAGGCCUGUGAGCUGGGAGACCUCCCGUCUCUGCCAUGGGGACACACAAGACGUCGCACAAAAACAAGACAACGGCAAAGAAAGAUUCACCAUUAAGGCACCCAAACCAGCACUGUACCUCGGUCUUUCGGGACUCAUCCCCUUCCUCUCUGCCCCACUCCUGAUGACAGCCACACAGUCAUUCUACCCUGAAGUAGCAUUUGCUCAGAUGGUUUAUGGAGCAUGUAUUGUAUCCUUUCUUGGAGGUGCUCGCUGGGGAUUUGCCAUUCCAGCUGGAAGUCCUGCUAAACCAAACUGGAUGAACUUGGGUAACAGUGUGGUUCCAUCACUUCUGGCCUGGUUGGCGCUGCUCUGCAAGGACCACAUUACUGAAGGAGCCCUGAUAGUUAUCAUGGGUCUAGGUCUGUCACUAUAUUAUGACCUGGCAUUGCUGCCUGGCUAUCCUGCCUGGUUCAAAGUCAUGAGAACUGUCCUUACACUGGUGGCCACCUUCUCUCUGGUAGCCACACUGGUACUUAAGAAAGUCUACUCUGAGAAAAAACUAAAAACAGAUAAUUAACUUAAUUUUGUAGAUUUAACCAUGCAGAGUUGAUACAUGUAUAUCUUAGUAACAAUGUUUGUUUUAGUUGUUUGCGUUUCACACAGAAUUUGGUAUAUAGGCUACAAGGAGGUCACAAAGGUGCAGAAUUUCAAGUACUUAUUAUUGACUGUCCAAUAAACCAGGGUGUGUGGAGAGUCCAUUCUGGAUGGAGAAAAAUUACAGGGUUGAUUUGUGACAAACAGGUGGCAGCAAAUGUCAAAGGAAAUGUGUACAAGACAGUGAGACCAGCUAUGUUGUGUGGUCUGGAGACUGUGCCAUUGACAAAAAGACAGGAGAACUUGAAGUAGCAGAAAUGAAUAUGUUGAGGUUCUUGGGCAUGACAAAGAUGGAUAAAGAUUAGGAAUGAGAUCAUCAGAGGAGGAAGAUGGAAAAGGAGAUGUAUGGAUGCAAUUAGAGGACAUGGAGGUAGCUGGAGUGAAGACAAGAGUGUGAGAUGGAGGACGACGACUCACUAGUCAUUUCUGACGAGAAGAGCUGAAAAAAAUAAUAGUGACAAGACCUGCCUGCAUAUCGUUCACGUUUCUUUAUCUGAAAAUCAGACGGGCUCUUCACAUACUAACCUCUGAAAUACUUCUUAAAGUCUAUAGGAAACAGAUUUAUUGUGAAACAGAAACUGAACCUUUCUUUCAAGGAUUUUGACAUUGCUGUUUAGGUGCUGACAUGCAGAUGUUGAAAACUGGAAGAAGAAAAACUUUAAACUGGAACUUAUCUAAUGACAUAUUUGUCAGAAAUUACUGCAGGAUGAAGAUGGUUUCAUGGUUGUUGGUUUUGUAAGAUUAAACUACAAAGACCCUAAGCUUCAAAUAUGGCAUUUGAGUAAAAUGGUUUAUUUAAAAGAACAAAACAUUUAUUGAUGAGUAAACCAGAAAAUCAAACCCAAAGCAAGAUACAUUAUCAAAACAAUAAAAUACAUUUCAAAUAAAGUGAAAAAUACUACUUUAAACACAAACUUUGUCAUAGUAUUUUCUAAAAAGUGUUUUUUAGUUUAACAGUGUAAAUGUUGAAUAACUCGGACCAUUUUAUGACAUUUUAACUUGGGAGUUUUA